AUGAAAGUACUAUGUGUAGCAGAAAAACCAUCAAUAGCUAAAUCAGUAGCACAAACAUUAGGAGGGGGUAGAGUGACCAUUCGAAAUACCAAAAGUAAAUACAUAAAGAAUUAUGAUUUCACAUUUAUUUUCCCAGGAGUUGGAUCUUGUGACGUUACAAUGACAUCUGCGUUAGGACAUAUUACAGGAUUAGAUUUGCCUGAGUGUUAUGGCUGGGGGAAGUGUCCUCCUGGUCGAUUAUUCGAUGCUGAAGUAUUAGAAAAGGUGAAUGAACAGAAUGUAUAUGAUAAUAUUACGAAUGAAGCUAGGCGAAGUAAUAAAUUAAUGAUUUGGACAGAUUGCGAUCGAGAAGGUGAAUAUAUUGGAUAUGAAAUAUUUAGUGCCGCAAAGAAAGGAAAUUCAAGACUUCAAAUUAGUGAAGUAUGGAGAAGUAAGUUUUCUCAUUUAGAAAGAAAUCAUAUUAUAGCUGCUGCUACUAAUCCUGUUCAAUUAGAUAUGAAAGCUGUCAAUGCCGUUGCAUGUCGUACGGAACUUGAUUUUAGAGUUGGAUUGAGUUUUACAAGACUACUAACUGAUCUGUUAAAACAACGUAAACUCAUUGAUACCAAAAGUGUGGCGUCUUAUGGAACAUGCCAAUUCCCCACAUUGGGAUUUGUAGUUGAUAGAUAUAAGAGAGUGAAAUCAUUUGUACCUGAACCAUUUUGGUAUAUUGAUGUUGAAAUAUAUAAAGAAAAUAAGAAAACAAGUUUCAAUUGGGUAAGAGGACAUUUAUUUGAUAGAUUAUUUGUAGUCCUAUUAUAUGAAAACUGUUUGUCCAAUGACUUUGGAACAAUAACAAAACUCGAAACCAAACCAAAGAAUAACUGGAGGCCAUUGCCACUAACUACGGUGGAACUCCAAAAAGAUUGUUCAAAAUUUUUCAAAAUGACAGCCAAACAAACAUUAGAUGCUGCUGAAUCAUUAUAUAAUAAAGGGUUCAUUUCUUAUCCAAGAACAGAAACCGAUAAGUAUCCAGCAAGCAUGGAUUUGAGAUCACUCUUCGAUAAACAACAACAAGAUCCCACAUGGGGAGCGUAUGCCGCAAGCUUGUUAAAUUCGGGACAUGAAACUCCAAGAAAUGGUUCUCAUGAUGAUAAGGCGCAUCCUGCAAUUCAUCCAGUGAAUUAUGUUCUGUUAAAUUCCUUAAAUACGACAUUUGAAAAGAAGGUAUAUGAAUACGUUGUGAGACGGUUUCUUGCCUGUUGUUCAAAAGAUGCCGUUGGUCAACUAACACUGGCAACAUUGCAAUGGGGAAAUGAAUUCUUUACAGCAAGUGGUUUAAUGGUACUUGAACGAAAUUAUUUGGAUAUUUUUAUUUAUAAGAAAUGGGAAUCUUCUAAACAAUUACCAAGGUUCCAAGAAGGUGAACAGGUGAAAAUCUCAAGUGGGAAGAUGAAAGAAGGUAAAACUAGUCCUCCUAAUCAUAUGACUGAGUCUGAAUUGAUUUCUUUAAUGGAUGCUAAUGGAAUUGGGACUGAUGCUACAAUUGCAGACCAUAUAGAUAAAAUAACAAAGCGAGGAUAUAUUGCGAAACCUCCUAGAACUAAUUAUCUUGUUCCUUCCCCUUUGGGAAUGGGAUUGAUCGAAGGUCUAGAUAAAUUGAACUUUGAGGAUAUUUCAUUGUCGAAGCCAUUUUUAAGAAGAUCUUUGGAAUUAUCUUUACAAGAGAUUGUCAACGGAACCAAAACUAAAGAAGCAGUACUUGAAGAAGUUAAACAAAUAUAUAAGCAAGCCUUUGGUAUCACUUCUCAAAAGAUGAACAUUUUAAUUCAAGAAUGUGGAAACAUAAUUCAACAAUUUAGUUGA